CGAUCUACGAUCUAAAACACGCGAUUAUUCACAUCAGCUGAUGUCGUUCGAUGAGAAUCAACAAAUCACCGGUGGCGAUCAGAAAAUGUAAACAAAGAAAUGACCGGGGUGUUUAAAAACCUGCUAAGACGGGGCCUCUUCCAGGGAAGGUUCCAGACAGCAAGCAUGUCACAAAUAACAGCAGGUCUAGACGCCACCCAAGUACAGCUCCUCCAGGAGGAGUGUAUCCUCAUAGAUGACAAUGACAAAAAUAUAGGUACUGCCAGCAAGAAAGACUGCCAUCUACUAGAAAACAUUAAUAAAGGCAUGCUACACAGAGCUUUCAGUGUGUUCUUGUUCAACAGCAGUGGGCAACUUCUCUUACAGCAGAGGUCUGAUGAGAAAAUCACAUUCCCAAGUCAUUUUACAAACAGCUGCUGCAGCCACCCUCUGAACAUUCCCGGGGAGACAGACGAGACCAGGGCAUUGGGAGUAAAGAGGGCAGCACAGAGGAAGCUACAGCACGAGCUGGGCAUACCACCACAUCAGGUUCCAGUGGAAGAGUUUCAGUACUUGACCCGCAUUCAUUACCAAUCUGGAAAUGUACCGAAGGACGGCAAGUGGGGCGAACAUGAAAUAGACUACAUCCUUUUUAUCCAGGCUGACGUGGAUGUGGAACCCAAUCAAAAUGAAGUCAAAAGUUACAGAUAUGUGAAUAAAGAACAGUUGAAAAGCUUUUUAGCUGGUGCUGAGAAAGAAGGGCAUCUCAUUACACCAUGGUUCAAGCUGAUUGUGGACAACUUUUUGUACAAGUGGUGGGACAACCUUACUGAUCUUAGUAUCUUCAAAGACCACAGCCAUAUUCACAGAAUGAUCUGAGAAAACAAUUGAUAUUUAUUAAGGUCUUUCACACAAUAAUUGGGAUUCUUGGAACACAAAGGAAGGACAGAAACAGGUGCAUUGUCAUUUGCGCAGUAUCCUUUAUCGGAAUUGGGUCUAUCUAGCCAUAUUCAGAGAGAGUGAUUUUAGAAAAUUUUAAUUCAUUGGGUGACUCAGGACCAAGAAGUGGUUCAUGACCGUUACCAUUGACCCCCUGAAUUAAGAAUGUGAGAAAUAUGAGAAAAUGAUUUAUUUCAUAAAUUAUAAACAUUUCAUGAUUUGUGAAAUAUGCAGAGUCAGCUUUUAGAUAUUUUUAUUCUUACAGUUACAUAGUAACAGAGAUUUCUGGAAGGAUUUCUGACAUAUUUGGGGAGCCAAAAAUAUCAUUAGCCCUGGUGGACCCCUGGACCCCACGCCAUGUUUUCUGACUUUUUCACUAAAUGACAGUCUCAUCCCUAUAGAAGGAUGACAUUUUGUUGUAUACUGAAUAUGCAUUUUGCCUUGAAUAUAUACUGACAGUCAAUAAAAAUGCAUCAUUUAUUUAUCAAAUAAUAUUUUAAGUUCCUUUAGCACAUUA